GCAGUCCUGAUUUCUUUCAUAGUUGGUAAGAAACGACAGUUUGCUUUACGCGCUGCUUUUCUUUAAGUAAUUGUUUCCUUCAGUCUAAUCACUGCUGUGCAUGCUUGCACGGGGCGCCUAGACUUACCUUUGCGAUGAAGGGAACUUAUUGGAGAAAUGCCUAAGGGACGCAAUGGGCCUGAGCGACGACAAGGAUCGCAUUGUGAUAAACGUGGGAGGGAUCAGACAUCAGACAUACCGCAGCACCCUGCGCACUCUACCUGGCACUCGCUUGUCCUGGCUGGCCGAGCCUGAUGCACCCAACCACUUUGACUAUGAUGCCAAGAUCGAGGAAUUUUUCUUCGACCGCCACCCCGGCGUUUUUGCACAUAUCCUUAAUUACUACCGGACAGGUAAGCUGCACUGCCCGGCUGAUGUCUGCGGGCCCCUCUAUGAGGAAGAACUGGCCUUCUGGGGUAUUGAUGAGACAGACGUGGAGCCAUGCUGCUGGAUGACCUAUCGCCAGCACCGGGAGGCAGAGGAGGCCCUUGAUAGUUUCGGCGGGGGGGGCCUGUUAGACCUGGGGAGCGAGGAUCCCGAGCCAGAGCAGGAGCAUGCCGAGGAUGCUGAGGUGGAUGAAAUGACAAGGAGGCUGGCGCAUGGAGACUCUCCUGAUGCCAGGAGUGGGAGCCUGUGGAGCCGGUGGCAGAGACAUGUCUGGGCCCUGUUUGAGGACCCUUACUCCUCCAAAUAUGCAAGGUGGGUGGCUCUGGCCUCGCUGUUCUUUAUUCUGGUGUCCAUCACCACUUUCUGUCUGGAGACCCAUGAGGCCUUCAACCCCAUCAUCAACCGCACUGAGCUGGAGCUGGUGGACAACAUCACAGUGGAGCACACCUACCAGGAGACGGAGACUGCGGCCUACCUCACCUACAUUGAGGGUGUUUGUGUGGUGUGGUUUACUUUUGAAUUUCUAAUGCGAAUAACUUUCUGCCCGAAUAAAUUUGACUUCAUACGGAACGCCCUGAACAUCAUCGACUUUGUGGCCAUCCUGCCCUUCUACCUGGAGGUGGGUCUCAGCGGGCUCUCCUCCAAGGCAGCUAAGGACGUACUGGGUUUCCUGAGAGUGGUCCGCUUUGUGCGGAUCCUGCGUAUCUUCAAGCUGACACGUCACUUUGUGGGGCUGAGGGUGCUGGGCCACACAUUGAGGGCCAGCACCAAUGAGUUCCUUCUCCUCAUCAUCUUCCUUGCUCUCGGUGUCCUCAUCUUUGCUACCAUGAUCUACUACGCUGAACGGAUUGGAGCUAACCCCAACGACCCUCGAGCCAGUGAGCACACACACUUCAAGAACAUCCCAAUCGGAUUCUGGUGGGCUGUGGUGACCAUGACGACCCUCGGCUACGGAGACAUGUACCCUCAGACGACCUCUGGUAUGCUGGUUGGAGCCCUUUGCGCCCUGGCAGGUGUGCUGACCAUCGCCAUGCCCGUCCCUGUGAUUGUCAACAACUUUGGAAUGUAUUACUCGCUGGCCAUGGCAAAACAGAAACUACCAAAGAAAAAAAAUAGGCAUAUCCCUCGGGCUCCCCAACCAGGUUCUCCCAACUUCUGUAAGUCAAGCAUCAGCUCCCAACCCCAGAGCCCCAUCGCCCAUGACGACGUUUUUGAGAUAAAGUUUCAAGAUUCCAAGCUGAAUGGUGAGGCAGCUAACGCAGCGCUGGCCAACGAAGAUUGUCCUCAUAUAGACCAGGCCAUAUCUCCGGAGGAAAUCUUCAGCCCCAGCGAGAGAGAGCGGCCCUGCUUCCUGGUCACCACUGCUGAACGCCCCAACCACACAGGGGGCAGAGUAAGGAGGGGUUAUGAAAAGCCUUGGAGCCUUAACAGCAUGUCUGGCAUGAGCGGGGAUGCCUCUGGAGUGUCCUCAGUGUCCGCCCUGCCCUGCAGCCCACCCUGUCUAAUGCAGCACUCACAUUCUCCCAUCCCAUCCAUUAUGUAGCAUGGUUGAGUAGCAGACACAAUGCCAUUGGAAGGCCAGUCCACACUCCUCCUUCUUAUCCUUCCUGUCAGAUUUUGCUUUUACACUUGCCUUCGCUCCUGCUUUUUUCAUUUUGAUUUCUUUAUUUUUCUGGAAAACUGUAUCUUAACUGUGCUAAUACUCAAGCUUCCCAAGUGUUCUCCUUGGGUGUGUCAUCAUAUCCUCGACUAGAAAACAUUGGCACAUGCCACUCUGCAUGGGUCACUUCAGUUGCAGACAAAGCACUGUUCUACUUCUGCCACAGGCUAACCCCACUCUUUCCCUGUGUUUAAAUCAUUGCCUGUUGCUCUGUUGCUUUUGAUCUCGCAUUCUCUUCUGCCAGUAACUUUUAUCUCAUCUGCUUUUUACAAUUUUGUGAAAGAAAUUUUCAUAAGAUGUAACCCCUGCUAAUAUGCUGGACAUUAACAAUACAUGGCUUUUAAACAUAUCCAAAAGGUACCAUUGCCAGCUGUUAAGGGAACUCCUUUUAAGUGCUUUGUACGUUGCAAAGUAGAGACGUUAUCCUUCUGAAAGUGCAAUCCAGACAAGGCUUAAUGUUAUCUGAGUGGCCAUUACAAAAAAUAUUUUAACAUGAUGUUCAUGAUGUCCAAUGCAAUAUGGAGAUGAUGACAAUU